ACUAGAAAGGGGCCCUGCUAAAUAUCUAUGUUACUUCGUUAUACUGUAUAGUCUCCUUUAGGAGGGUGGGGCUUCUGAAAUAUAACUACAAGUCCCAAGCUCUCAUUCAGUCAAGAACAGCACAGAGAGAGAGAGAGAGAGAGAGACUACUCAGGAACAGAAGCUGAGGCAAUUUGAAAAAGAACACAUCACAGAAGAAACACUUAAAGAACACUCUGUGAGUGGAUAGCAAUAUAUUUAUGACAUCCUAUACAGGUCAAGGGCAACUGAUAAUCUGAAGGCAUGGCAGAGAAACCCAGACUCCACUAUUUCAAUGGAAGAGGUCGGAUGGAAUCCAUUAGAUGGCUCCUGGCGGCGGCUGGAGUUGAGUUUGAAGAAGUGAUUUUGGAAACAAGAGAACAAUAUCUGAAGUUGCUGGAGGAUGGAUUUCUCCUCUUUCAGCAAGUGCCUUUGGUCGAAAUUGAUGGAAUGAAACUCACUCAAACCCGAGCCAUUCUUAGCUACCUGGCUGCUAAAUACAACUUGUAUGGGAAGGACCUGAAAGAAACAGCAUUGAUUAACAUGUAUACGGAUGGCACAAUGGACCUGAUGUUUUCGAUUGCCAUACUUCCUUUCAAGCCGGCUGAGCAAAAAGAGAAGGAGACUGAGCUUACCCUGGAGAGAGCCAAAAGCCGAUAUUUCUCUGUCUUUGAACAAAUUUUGAAAAACCAUGGACAGGAUUUUCUAGUUGGCAACAAAUUCAGUUGGGCAGACAUACAACUGCUGGAAGCGAUUUUAAUGGCAGAAGAAUUAAAUGCUACUGUGCUCGCCAAAUUCCCCCUGCUACAGGCAUUUAAAACAAGAAUCAGCAACAUUCCUACAAUUAAGAAAUUCCUUCAGCCUGGUAGUCAGAGGAAACCCCCACCAGAUGACCACUAUGUGGCUACUGUGAAGACAAUUCUCCAGAUGUAAAGGCCAAGGGUGGGCCAAGUGGGCAAUGGAAAGAGAUUCAGCUCAUGAGUCAGAAGAUGCGGGUUCAAAUUCUGCCUCUCUGACACUUACAACUUGUCCCUGCCCUUCAGUUUCCUCAUCUGUAAAAUGAAGAGGGGUGGAUCUUAUGGUCCCUUUGAACUCCAUAUCAAGGAAUCUAUAAAGUAGAGAGUAUAGAGAUUUUAGCAAUAUUGUUAUCAAUAGCACAAAGUCAGCAUUGUAGUGAUUAGCUGAAGCACAUCUCUAGGUGCUAAAAACAAAAUGUUAGAUGAGUAUAAAACUAAUGAUGCCACUUAAAGGCAAAAGUUGAAAUCAAAUGCAAAGCUGAUUAAAUUUAAAACUAUCUUUGUGGUGUAUGGUGUGGUUUUUUUUUUUUUUUUAGUGAGGCAAUUGGGGUUAAGUGACUUGCCCAGGGUCACACAGCUAGUAAGUGUCAAAUGUCUGAGGCCUGAUUUGAACUCAGGUACUCCUGACUCCAGGGCCGGUGCUCUAUCCACUGCGCCAUCUAGCUGCCCCUCAUGGUGUGUUUUUUAAAAAAAUUUAUUGCUGUUGUUAUAUUACCUUUAUUUCCUAAUAAACCCUUUCUCUCUCCACCAAGAGAACUAUCCCUUAAAAUAAAGAAGAAAAAAAAGAAAGGAAAAUAAAGCAAUUUAGGAAAACUCAUCAAUACAUCAAUGAAGUCUGAUGAUAUAUGCCAUGUUGGCAUAUUGUUGUUCUUUUUUUUUAAGCAGCUGUUAAUUUGGAAUGAAGUUCUACAACAUACUUAAAAUAAACAUGAUA